UCUGCUGACCAGCGCGACCACGACCAACAAGACGAACCCGUGCUAUAUGAUGACGGUAAAGGGCAGUACCACCGCCCCAAGGACGCCGGAAAGACAUGCAAAGAAAGAUUCUCUUACUCAUCGUUCGACGCCGGGGCGACCGUCCUGAAGACCAGCGACGGUGCGAAAAAUGCCAAGGCGAUCUUGGUUGAGAAUAAGGACUCGUACAUGUUAUUGGAAUGUGCCGCUGAGAACAAAUUUGUCAUCGUUGAACUCACAGACGAUAUCCUCGUCGACACUGUGGUAAUUGCCAAUUUCGAGUUUUUCUCUAGCAUGAUCAGGCAAUUCAGAGUAAGCGUGAGUGACCGGUACCCGGUAAAAAUGGACAAGUGGAAAGACUUGGGUGUCUUCGAGGCGAAAAACUCCAGGGACAUCCAAUCGUUUCUGGUGCCUAACCCAUUAAUUUGGGCAAAAUAUGUCCGCAUCGAAUUUCUUAGCCACUACGGCAAUGAGUAUUACUGUCCAGUGUCCCUCUUGCGGAUUCAUGGUACGCGAAUGCUCGAAUCUUGGAAAGAAACAGAGGCGGGUUCCGAGGACGACGAAGCUGUGGAGGCGAACGUUUCGCCGAGUGAAGAGACCAGCACACCCGCCCGGGCGGGUUAUAAUACUCUCAUUCAAGAGGAGGAUACGGAACGGGCGCAGCCGUCUUCUGCUCAUUCAAAUCAUGAUGCACACAGUCCCAUGGCGUCGGGAGACUCGUCACAGGCCAACAGUAGACCAUCGCCAGCAGCUCAAGGAAGUAUUCGCUCCAGAAAUGGCACCUCAACUUCUACAACCCCUCCUUCUCCUACCGUUCAAGAAAGUUUUCAUAAGGCCAUCAGCAAACGCUUACAGCUCCUUGAGUCGAACGUAACAUUAUCUCUGAAGUAUCUGGACGAGCAGUCGCGAUUUCUCCAGCAUUCGCAGCUGACCGCUGAGAAAAGGCAACUCAUGAAGGUUGACCUAUUUUUAGACCGUCUAAACCGCACUGUCCUAUCGGAACUUCGCAGUGUGAGAAUGCAAUAUGAGCAGAUGUGGCAGUCCACAGUCAUAGCACUUGAGAGACAGAGAGAACUGUCGGAGAGGGAAGCUGUCGCACUUAGUACACGCCUAAAUGUUCUGGCAGAUGAGGUCGUCUUUCAGAAGCGGAUGGCCAUCCUACAGGCCAUUCUUCUACUGUCUUGCCUUGCACUUGUUAUAUUUUCGAGG